AUGACCACAGAAAACAGUGCUCUCCGGUCCCCGGAAAAUGGGACGGAGACGAGGGUUCUCAUCGACGUCCCAAGGGUGACCACCCACGAAGAGGAGUUCCAGAACAUCUGCGCCGAGGUUCUCAGCAUCGAGGUCGACAGGUUAGAUGUGUCGCAGUCGUUUAUCGGACUGGGCGGGGACUCCAUAGCCGCCAUCAACCUCAUUGCGCGCUGCGAGGAGCGAGGAAUGGAGGUUCAGACGGGCGCGAUAAUCAAUGCCACCAACAUUUCCGAACUCUUCUCGACCGUGAAAGUACGGCCAUCGCGAGACGAUGCACGACCCGCGUCUCUCAUGCUCACGAGGACCUCUCGACUCGAGGAAGCCGAAUCCGAACCCUUCAGCCUGUGGCCGGACUACAGCCGGGCAGGGCCCGAAGAACAACCCCGACUAUUGGAGCAGGUGGCCACGCAAUGCGGGAUUGAAGUCGAUAUGAUCGAAGAUGUAUACGUGUGCACCCCGUUGCAGGAAGGAUUGAUGGCCAUCACUGCUCGCAAACCCGCAGCCUACGUCGAUCGCCGCGCAUUUACCCUGGCACCUACCAUUGACCUCGAUCGGUUCCAGGCGGCCUGGGAAACCUUGAUCGCGAAAACCGCCAUUCUGCGCACCCGCAUCUGUAUGGGUCCAAGCGGCCGGGCGUUGCAGGUGGUAAGCCGCAACCACAUCCCCUGGCAACAUGGCACCACCCUCAGAAGCUAUCUGGCGGAGGAUCGUAAAGAAGGCAUGCAGCUCGGGCAGCCCUUGGCCCGGUGGGGUCUCAUCCCCAGAUCAAACAACACGAACGGCGAGGGGGCGAUCUUUGUAUGGACUGCCCACCACAGUGUCUACGAUGGAUGGAGUGCAAUGCUCCUCUACCGUCGCCUCGCCGCCAUAUACUUCCACAACCAGCUGCCCCCCUCAACCCCCUACACGCGCUUCGUGCGCUACGUGGAAGGGAAAGAUCCGAUCCUCGCCGCCAACUAUUGGCAUGACCAACUGCGGGGGGACAAUCUGAUGGCGCACUGGCCGGCGCUGCCCACCCCCAACUACCAACCUAGUCCCCGGACCCAGUUCAAGGGCGAGAUCUUGAUGCGUGACGCCGCUGAGCAGGGCGUGGUCAUGGUGUCGCAUAUCCUCCGCGCCGCCUGGGCGCUCGUUCUGGCCCAGUACACCGGCCAGGACGAUAUCAUCUUUGCAGCCACCCUGUCGGGCCGAAAUGCCCCUGUCUCGCAGGUCGCCGAGAUCGCCGCCCCCCUGAUCACCACCGUCCCCGUGCGCAUCCGCAUUGAUCGCUCGCAGACAGUCGGCGCAUUCCUGCAGGCCGUGCAGCGCCACGCCACGGACAUGAUCGAGUAUGAGCAUACCGGUCUGCAGACGAUAAAGUCCAUGCUGCCGGAGUUGAGCGGGGUCUUAACACUCCAGAAUCUGCUGAUCGUUCAGCCCGCCUCCGAACGCGACGUCUACCAGGCCUUCCCAGGACUCAGCCCGGUGCAGCUACCCCUGGAGGAUUUUGACAGCUAUGCCGUCAACGUGGAGUGCACUUUGGGGCGCCAGGCUGUGGCGGUGGAGGUCAUGUACGACGACGAGGUGAUUGCCCCCGCGGACCUGACCAAGGUCAUGGACCAGUUCUCCUUGCUAGUGCAGGAGCUCAGCCGUUCGUCGGCUCGGGAUCAGCUCCUGCAGGAGGCAUUGGGGAUCUCUUCAUCCGAUCGGCAGCAGCUCCUGGAGUGGAACGCUACCGUGCCUGCAUCGGUGGACCGGUGUAUUCACGAUCUGGUUGCGGACCAGGUACGGGUGCGGCCGACGGCCCUCGCAGUCGACGCAUGGGAUGGCCAGUGGCAGUACGCCGACUUAACAAGCCAGAGCAUUGCCCUGGCCCACUACCUGGUCAGCCUGGGCGUCGGGCCCGAGCAGACAGUGGGACUAUGCAUGAGCAAGUCCAAGUGGGCUGUUGUGACGAUGUUGGCCAUUCUCCAGGCGGGGGCUGCAGUCCUGCCCUUGUCGGUGCGUAGCCCACUGGCUCGCCUGCAGAGUAUUGUUCAAGAUGCCAGCCCACUUGUGAUUAUAGUCGACCAGGACCAGGAGGACCGGCUGGACGACGACGAAUUCAAGACGCUGGUUGUUGAUGCCACUCUGAUGGCGAGUCUGACACCCCAGCCAGAAGCGCCUCACACGGGAGUCACGCCACAGAACCCAGCAUGGGUGGUAUAUACGUCAGGGAGUACAGGAACCCCGAAAGGGGUGGUGCUGGAGCAUCGGUCGCUGUAUCAAUAUACACGGACGCUGCAAUUCGCGGCCUACACCUUUGAUGCCGGUGGAUGUGUCUGCGUGCCGUCUGAAGAGCAGCGCAUGAACGCAUUAGCUGCGACAGCUGCGCGCAUGGAGCCAACGCUUGUUCCACAUCGAUGA